AUGGCCUGGUCCUCCAGCCUGAAGAAACUUCUCGCAGUCUUUGUCUUUACCAGCUUAGCUGUCAGCUCUGAGGCUCCGGUUACAAACCAAACGUUUAAGCAAAAAGGGUGUUCUAAAGACCCAUGUAGUGAACUGGAAUUCUCAGCCACACUGGGGGAUCAACGGAGAUUUAGCUUUGUGAACCGUUGCUGCACAUCUGAUAACUGCAACAAAGAUGACUUAACACUACCACAGGCAUCUGAAGAAGCCAAUGGUAUUCAAUGUCUUGCCUACUAUGCGGAUCCAGGAAUGCUGGGUGUCCCAACUCUCCUAAAUUGCAAGGGAAAUGAGACAAAAUGCGGUUUCGUUAUCGGCACAGCAACGGGAAGCAGUCAUCUCUUUGCCUUUGUGAUGGCUGGAAUGGGCUGUGUGACAGAAAGUGCCUGCAACAGGAGUAUAACUGUUCUCAACAGCACAAAUAUCCUCACCUUCUGCUUGAAUAAGUUUGCUGUGUUUCCAACCAACUCAUCAGUUCCGGAUGAAACUUCUGGCUUUCGACCUGCAUCCAUCUCAACAGUACCAAUGCUGAUUGUUCUCCUCCUGUUGAAAGUCUUGCUUUGA